AAAUGGAGUUCAGGCCUGUAGCAACAAAUUCCACACUCGAUUCUAGUCGGUACGAUAGUUCUCUGGGUGUCCUACAUCGUGCCCUAUAAUGCCAAACACAUAACCAACUUCACACAGCUCGCUACUUCAACAAUUAAAACCUGGAGGACUAGAAGUGAGUAGUAUUUCCCGAAUCGCCUAGAGCUACCUAUCAGUCCAGUAGAACCAUUUACACUGUCAUUGCUGCGCUAGACUAGAGCAGCCCUGGGAAAUUUAGUGGAUAAUCACAGUUGACUGAUCGAGAUGGCUGAUACUUCAGGUGCAGCUAGGGGGCAGAGUAAUGGGACUCCCCAGGUGGAGAAGGGCUGGGGAGCCCUAAAAAAACAUGUUAUUGAUAAUAAAGUUAAUGUUGCAUUGUUGGCAACGAGAAUCUUCACUAUUCUGUUCACAAUAGGAUAUUUAAUUCCACUAUUUGGCAAUCCAUACAAUGCUUAUCACAAAGUAUUGAUGAGCAGUGCAGCAACAAGUGCACUACGUCUUCAUCAAAGGGUGCCAGGGAUUCAGCUCAAUACUCGCUGCCUCGAGCUUCUUCUCGUGGAGGAUUCGUGUCAUUAUUUGUUAUAUUCAUUGAUAUUCCUCUAUGUAGCACCUGCGACUGUGGUACUAGUACCAGUAUUUCUCUUCGCUGUUGUACAUUCCGCGAGUUAUUCUCUAACGUUGCUAGACACUCUCGGUCAGAAUAGCGUUUGGCAAGUGAGACUUCUCGUGUCUAUCGUUGAAUUCCAGUCACGCACUAUUUUACGUCUUUGUGCAUUGUGCGAAAUCAUUAUUUUACCACUCACCAUUAUCCUCGUUUUCAGUGGUCGUGCAGGAUUGUUAACGCCUUUCAUUUACUACCAAUUUCUGUGGAUGCGUCUGUCGUCCAUGAGGAAUCCAUCCACACGCAAUAUAUUCCGAGAAAUAAGGAACGCCUUGUCUUCAGCAGCAGUGUCACCGAUAAUGCCAAGAAUCCUGAAAUUUUUAAUAAAUACCCUUCUACGCCUAACUCAGCACAUGGUGCCAGUCCAAGCUCCACAGCAGUAAUCACAAUUGUCAUAUCGUUGUGGAAAUCUAAUAACGAAUUUAUAAUUGAGAGCAUGAAACACUGAGUCAACAUCACACUUCUCAAUCAGAGACUAAUCGAGGAUUUGCAUAGGAUUCGUCUGUUGGUUUUUUUCACGAACAAAUAUGUCACAAUUUUUCAGAUAAAUUUUCGGGGUUUCGGGUUCUGAAUGGACAUUUAGAUUUCGUAAGAGAGUAAUAAUUUAAUUGAAGUUUAUUAUACUUGUGAAUAUGGUAAAUCAAUGGCCAUUAUCUCAUUCAAUCAUAAACCUUCAUUUAUUCCUCCAAAAGGGAGAAAACGAAAUUUCAAUUGCGCAAUAUUGUCGAUACUUUAUGAAUUGUCAUUCACAAUGUUAACGGUCAUAUCAAUUUUUCACCUGUGACACUCAAUUACAUGUUUAUCGUUUGCGUGAUGAUGUACAUACUGGAAGUACAAAGUUCUUUGGAAUAAGGCUCUUCGUUUCCGUCAUUUUAUUAUUUUCUAAUUUUUAAUAACUGUUGAAUGAUAGUCUCCUUCUGUUAGCCUUGACUGUCUGACAUUCAUUUAUCUGGAGAACCUAUCAUAGGCGCCUAAAAGUCAGUAGCACUGUCACGUACUCGUUUCGUACAUUUUUUUUUCAUUAUUUGUGGGUAAUGUAAAAUUUAUUGUGAGAACACUGAUUACUUUAUCUUUCGGUCUGUGGAUGUUUCAAUAAUAAAAUAUGGAACUUGUUUAUUAUAAA